AUGGUGCCAGCAGUGCCCAUAUGGUGCCCCCACGGUGCCAGCAGUGCCCGUAUGGUGCCCGCAUGGUGCCAGCAGUGCCCAUAUGGUGCCCCCACGGUGCCAGCAGUGCCCGUAUGGUGCCCGCAUGGUGCCAGCAGUGCCCAUAUGGUGCCCCCACGGUGCCAGCGGUGCCCGCAUGGUGCCAGCAGUGCCCAUAUGGUGCCCCCACGGUGCCAGCAGUGCCCGCAUGGUGCCCCCACGGUGCCAGCAGUGCCCGUAUGGUGCCCGCAUGGUGCCAGCAGUGCCCAUAUGGUGCCCCCACGGUGCCAGCAGUGCCCGCAUGGUGCCAGCAGUGCCCAUAUGGUGCCCCCACGGUGCCAGCAGUGCCCGUAUGGUGCCCGCAUGGUGCCAGCAGUGCCCAUAUGGUGCCCCCACGGUGCCAGCAGUGCCCGUAUGGUGCCCGCAUGGCACCGGCAGAGGGGCGGGGCCGCAGCAUCCCGCGCGGUGCAUGAAGGGACCGGCGCAGGCCCCACCCCGGCUGCCUCUGGCUGCCUACGGUGGCCGCCGAGGUCCAUUCCCUGCCGCAUCGCUUUGCGCGGCCUCAGCGCGGCCUUUCCUACCCCUACGGCGGCCGCCGAGGGUCCCGUUUGCAUCCCGGGGGGGCAUAUUAUGGGAUGUCUCCGCCGCUGCCGCCCCGGGGGGGAGGAGAUAUUAUGGGAUGCCUCCCGCUGGAGCGGGCCGCGUUGCAUUGUGGGCCGCACCGCCGCCGCCGCCAUUGCGCCGCCUACGGUGGCCGCGGGGGUCCAAGACGGCUCCGUCCCGGCGCGGCCGCGGCCUGGCUGCGCCAUGGGCGUCCGGCGGGACCGAGGCCACGGAGCGCAGCGCCCGCGGCGGGCCCAGGCCGGGCCCAAGGCGGCUCCGGGGCCUCGCUUAGAGCCGGAGGCCGCUGGCUACUGCCGCAGCGCCCUGGGGACGCUGCAGGAGGGGCUGGGCCCGGAGGAGCUCGGCCCAGAGCUGCUUCAAUUGGCUGAGGCCUUCCAGAAGCACUUCCCAGCCCUGCUGUCCCCAGCCUGUGCCAGCCUCUGCCUGCAGGAGGCGCUGCAGGUUCUGCACCACAGCCAAUCAGAGGCCUGCGCAUGCCUCUGCCGCGCCCUGAUUGGCCACCUGGCGCCGCCCAGCUCAGACCCUUCCCACAGCUCCCUAUUGGCUGGGCUUCAGGACCCGGAGCGCAGUCGCCUAUUGGAGGCAGUCAUGAAGUGGGUGGGGCCUGAGCAGCUCCGGGCCCUGUUCCAGCAGCUGAAGGGGCACCUGCGGGGCGUGGCCAACCACAGGGUAGCCAAUCACGGCCUGCAGAGGCUGCUGGACCACGCCCCCGAGGAUGUGGUACAGGAGGUGCUGGCGGAGCUGGGCCCUGUCCUCCACGAGCCAUUGGCCAGAGGCCACCCUGGGGUGCUGACGUCAUUGGCUGGGGCCUGCCGGCGCCACCCCCAGCUGCAGCCAGAAGCUCUGCAAUGCCUCUUCCGGGCUUUCGGCUGCUGGGAGCCUCCGGGGCGUCGCCAGGCCUGUGUGGCUCUCAUGAUUGGUUCGCGGCCCUGGGGGGGCGGGGACCAGCUGGAAGGGGCGGAGCCUGCGGUGCCCGCAGUGGCGCAGAUCACCCUGCAGGGGUCGCUGCUGCUGCAGCAGCUGCUGCGCUUCCAGGCCCCCCUGCAGGGGGCGCUGCUGAGAGCCUUCCUGGCGCUGCCCCCCCUCCCAGCUGCUGAGCCUGGCCCAGAGCGCCGCCGGCAGCCACCUCUGGGAGGCGCUGCUGAGCUGCCCCUGCCUGCGCCCUGCCCAGCGCCGGCGCCUGCUGCGCCACCUGCAGGGUCACUUCCUGUCUCUCGCCUGCCACCGCCAUGGCAGCAGAGUGCUGGAGGCUGCCUGGGGCUGGGCCGCGGCGCCCGCCCGGGCCCGCAUCGCGCAGGAGCUGACAGCCAAUCAGGAGGCUCUGCAGAGAGACCCCCACGGGCGUGGCAUCGCUCGGGGCCUGGCGCUGGACCUCUUCCUGCGCCACCGCCAGCAAUGGGCGCGGCUCCAGGGCGCCCCCUGCCGGCCACAGCCUUCCCUGCAGGCCUGAGCAGUGGCCCCCCAGCGCCCUCUGCAGGGCACAAUAAAAGUGGAGCCUUUGGAGAACUUUGGAUGGGUUUGAGUCAUUUUGACCACUCCGACCCUAGCCUGGGGCCUGGGCUUGUCCAGCCCUGGCAGUGUUUGAGCAGCCAGGAACGGUUCAGCCCCAAGGAGGCUGGAGACGCUGAUCUCUGGAAGCAGUCAGCGGAAAGAGAAGAAGGGGCCAGAGGGGAGAAAGAGGAGGAGUGGGAGCCCUUAGACAACCUUGCACCCCUGGAUGUAGUUCACCCUCUUUGCCGCGGCGCCCGCUUCGGCCCCCCGGCUCUGGCGGCGUCCGCUUCAGCCCCCCCUUCCCCCGUGCCGCGGCCGUUUAAGCCCCCCCAGCUCUGCGGCGUCCGCUUCAGCCCCCCCUUCCCCCGUGCCGCGGUCGUUUACGCCCCCCCGCUCUGGCGGCGUCCGCUUCAGCCCCCCCUUCCCCAGUGCCGCGGCUGUUUAAGCCCCCCCAGCUCUGCGGCGUCCGCUUCAGCCCCCCCUUCCCCCGUGCCGCGGUCGUUUAAGCCCCCCCGCUCUGGCGGCGUCCGCUUCAGCCCCCCCCUUCCCCAGUGCCGCGGCCGUUUAAGCCCCCCCGCUCGGGCCGCGGCGCACACCUUGGCCCCCACCUCUGGCAGCGGCAGCUUUAACCCUGCCCCUUCCCCCUUGCCACAGCCGCUUCAGCCACCCCCCCCGCCGCUCUGGCCGCGGCGUUCGCUGUAA